GAGUAAGAGCUGAGCUGCUGCUGGACUUUGUGUCAGUUGGUGUCAGUCGUCUCUCAGAUCCACAGACACUCAGUUUCACCUGCUGAUGAAGAUGAUGAUGAAGGAGCUGCUGCUCUUCCUCUCCUGUGUCGCCUGCGUCUCUGCUGACAGUGUCCAUGUGGACCUUGCUGUCACUGGAUGUUCAGCCUCUGAUGGAGAGGAGAUGUAUUCUCUGGAUGGAGAAGAGAAGUGGUUCGCAGACUUCGUCAAUAAGAAGGGAGUUUACCCUGUGCCCAGUUUCAUAGAAAGUUUCAAGUACGUGGAGGGAACUUAUCAACAAGCUGAGGCCAAUCAACAGAUCUGCAGAUCAAACCUGAAGAACAGCCGUGUUGGCAUGAAGGAAAUCCCUCUGGAAAAUGAUCCUCCCUCCAGUCCCAUGAUCUACACCAGAGACAGAGUGGAGCUCGGAGAGAAGAACACUCUGAUCUGUCAUGUGACCGGGUUCUACCCUGCUCCUGUCCAAGUCCACUGGACCAAGAACGGAGAGAACGUGACUGAAGGAGCGAGUCUCAACGUUCCCUAUCCCAACAAAGACGGUUCCUUCACCCAGAUGUCCAGACUGGACUUCACCCCACAGCUGGGAGACAUGUACAGCUGCACGGUGACUCAUCCAGCUCUCAACCAACCACUGACCAGAAUCUGGGAUGUGGAGGUGCAGCAGCCCGGUAUUGGACCUGCAGUUUUCUGUGGACUGGGUCUGACCAUCGGUCUGCUGGGUGUGGCUGCUGGAACCUUCUUCCUCAUCAAAGGGAACGAGUGCAGCUGAUUGGCUGGGGCUGAUGAUGUCAUCAGUGUGUCUGUAGAGUGUCCUAUCAGGCUUUAAGCUGCUCAGCUGGAGGUUUUACAGCUUCACUCCUGUAAUCAGAGAAUCACCUGUUUAUGAUCCUGAUGUAAAUAAUAAUAAUAAUAAUAAUAAUCAUCUUCAUCAUCUUCAUCAUCUUCAUCUUCAUCUUCUUCAUCUCACCUGUUCUUACAAAUCACCAAACCAGAUGUUCUGUCUGUGAUCAGCUGCAAUAAACGUCCUUUGUCCAUUAAA